AUGUCUCGACGUCGGGGCUGGGUCCUCCCGCCCCUUGGGGUCCUCCUGCUGGGGAUCCUGCUGCUGUUUGGCGGCGGCGGCGCCCGCGCGGCGCCGGUCGGCCCGGCGGUCCUGCUGCACCGGACGCUCCUGCCGGUGGAUGCGGCCGGCGACCCGGCCGGGGCCGGGCGCGUGCUGUCCCUCUUCGCCGGGCAGGCGGCCGUGCGGUCGACCGCGGACGCCGAGCACCGGGCCCUGCUCUUCGGCCAGUCGGCCGCGGACUUCGUGGGCUUCGACGAUGCGCGCGUCGGGUCGGUCUUCGGGCCGGACCCGGAGGCCAUCCUGCCGGCGGCCCCGAGCGGGGUGGCCAACUUCCGGGCGGCCGCAUGGCCCGGGCCCGGCGGGCCGCGGCUCGUCGGCUUCGGCACCAACCGGCUGGCCUUCCUGACCGGGCCCGGGGCGUGGGACGUCGGCCAGAUGGUCCUGGGGGUCUUCCAGGAUGGCGGGUAUGCCGAGCACCGCACCGGGGUCUUCAGCUUCGGGGCCAAGGUGAAGGUCCUGCCGGCCGGCGAGGACUCCUUCGCCAUCCUGUCCGGGCGGAACCUCAUGACCUGCUACGCGCCCUGGGGCGGCCCCUUCGAGCCGGGGGGCCACCUGGCCGUGGGCCGGGUGGUGGACGGGGUGGUGGCCCGGCUGGCGGCCGGCUGGCCGCGCUCGCGGGCCGUCCUCCUGGCCGACGGCCAGAUCGAGGUGUGCCUCGGGGUGGACCCGUGCGGGGUCCAGUGCGCCGGGGCCGCCUACGAGGUGGCCCUGCCGGCCGGGGCGCCCGGCGGCGGGCGCUUCCCCCACCCGACCCUCUUCGAGGAGCCGGAGGUCACCCCGUGGCUGGUGUACCUGCCGCCGGCCGGGCAGGACCCGGCGGCCGGCCGGGCCUGGCGGCUGACCCUCGGCCCCGACGGCCAGGCGGCCGGCUGGCAGGCGCUCAUCCUGCCGCCGGGGCCCAGCCUGGAGGGCAUGCGCAUGGUGCGGCUGCGCGUCGGGCCCGGCGGCGCGCCGCGCUGGGUCCUGGCCGACGGCCAUGCGUACCUGUCGGCGGGGGACUUCCACUGCGCCGGGGUCGAUGGCACCAUCGAGUGCGAUGACCCGGCGGCCGUGGAGGCCGGGGCCGAGCGCCAGCCGGCCGGCUUCCGUUGUGCCCCGGGCCGUGCCCUGUCGCCCUUGGCCCUGGCCGGGUCGCUGUGCGCCGGCUGUGCGGAUGGGCACUUUUUCGUUGACGCCGCUGGCCCCGGUGCGUGGGUGGUUCCUUCGGUCGGCCUGUGCCGGGCCUGGCCCUGUCUGUUGGGCCGCUGUGCCGUGUAA